CCUCCUGACUCCUCGGUGCCUCUGCCAGUGAUGUAUUGGGAGCUGACUCCAAUUGCACCACGUUCAAAAUAGCCUCAGAUGGCACACAGAAAACAGACAGAGAAGCCAUUCAUGGUGUAGGGCAUAAUGCUGCCACAUUCCCUGGGCUAGGUUGUCACUUCCCACUGCAGAAUGAUUCCAGAAUUUGACAACCUCUUGCAAGAUGUAUUGUGGUGCUUCAGUCAAGUGAAAGGAACGAUUGACGCAGGGGUCACAGAAGCUGACAUUAUCUCUACAGUAGAAUUCAACCACACAGGAGAAUUACUAGCGACAGGGGACAAGGGGGGCCGCGUUGUAAUAUUUCAGCGUGAGCAGGAGAGCAAAAAUCAGCCCCAUCGCAGGGGAGAAUAUAAUGUUUACAGCACAUUCCAGAGCCAUGAACCUGAGUUCGAUUACCUGAAGAGCUUAGAGAUAGAGGAGAAGAUCAAUAAAAUACGAUGGCUCCCCCAGCAAAAUGCAGCCUACUUCCUUCUCUCCACCAAUGAUAAAACUGUGAAACUAUGGAAGGUCAGUGAACGAGACAAAAGACCAGAGGGUUACAAUCUCAAAGACGAAGAUGGAAGGAUCCGAGACCCUUCUACAAUUACCACACUACGGGUACCUGUGCUAAGGCCCAUGGACUUAAUGGUGGAGGCAACUCCCAGGAGAGUAUUUGCAAAUGCCCACACAUAUCACAUCAACUCCAUAUCUGUGAACAGUGACUAUGAAACCUACAUGUCAGCGGAUGACUUGAGGAUAAACUUAUGGAACUUUGAAAUAACAAAUCAAAGUUUUAAUAUUGUAGAUAUAAAACCAGCAAACAUGGAGGAGCUGACAGAAGUGAUAACAGCGGCAGAGUUCCAUCCGCACCAUUGCAACACCUUUGUCUACAGCAGCAGCAAGGGCACAAUAAGACUGUGUGAUAUGCGAGCCUCUGCCCUGUGUGACAGGCACUCCAAAUUUUUCGAAGAGCCUGAAGACCCAAGUAACAGAUCGUUUUUUUCUGAGAUCAUCUCUUCAAUUUCUGAUGUCAAGUUCAGUCACAGUGGAAGAUACAUCAUGACCAGGGAUUAUCUCACUGUCAAGGUGUGGGACCUAAACAUGGAGAACAGGCCUAUUGAGACUUACCAGGUUCAUGAUUAUCUCCGCAGCAAGUUAUGCUCCCUCUAUGAGAACGAUUGCAUUUUUGAUAAAUUUGAAUGUGUGUGGAAUGGGUCUGACAGUGUCAUCAUGACCGGCUCCUACAACAAUUUCUUCAGAAUGUUUGAUCGCAACACCAAGCGUGAUGUGACCCUGGAGGCCUCAAGGGAAAACAGCAAACCCCGUGCCAUCCUCAAGCCCCGCAAAGUUUGUGUGGGGGGCAAACGGAGAAAAGAUGAAAUUAGUGUGGACAGUCUGGACUUUAGCAAAAAGAUCCUGCAUACAGCUUGGCAUCCUUCAGAAAAUAUCAUAGCAGUGGCAGCAACAAAUAACCUGUAUAUAUUUCAGGACAAGGUGAACUAGGAGGAAGAAAGAUAAUUCCUUAGGAAUCUUUAUGUACUGAAUACUAGCGAACACAAGUUUUUAAGUGUUUCUUCUGUUUUAUUUUCCUCCUCUUCAUUUGUUUCGUUAUCCCCCUGCAGACAUUAAUUCUGUGGAGGUGAGCACUCAGAUUCCAGCAUCUGUUGCUGCCCCUCAAAUCUUAAGAAACUGGGUUGGCAAGAUCUGCUAGGAACAUUUGACUUCUAAGUACUGAAAUAUCCCAAGCUUGAAUUACUUACGUUGUUACUUUUCCCCUUUGCAGUACUCACUGGUAGAUUUAAUUUCUUUAAAAUAUUGAUCUAGAUACCUGCCAGUUUAUAAUAAAGCUACGAUUAUAGUAAUAUAUUUGCAAAAAAGAAAAAAAAACACUCAAAGCUAGCCUCUUUUUUAUUUUGAAGAUUUUUACUUCUGUUUUACAUCGAUUCCCAAACAGAAAAUCAGUUUCCUUUGCAAGUUCAUUUCUUGUUUGGUUGGGUUUUUUUUAAAAAAAUUCUUUUAUUAACUCAGGGCCUUUCCAGAUGACCAUCUGUUGUGCAUAUUGAUCGUAUAAUGAAUAUUUAGCUGUAUUCAGCCUAUUGGUGAGAGGUACAAUCAUGUUUCCGUUCCCAGUGGCCACAUCUGUUCUGCUCCCACUACAAGAUUCAUUGCAAUUUAAGGUCCCGUUUUCUACUCUAGUUACCCAAGUUUUGUGGUCAAAGGUUGGGUAGCACCUGUGGUGUCACUGGUAAACAGUGACAUGUUCCCACCGCCAUGGCUUAAACUUAUCCUUUGGAGGGCCGUAGAUGUCAAAGCAACAAAGUAAAGUGCGUGGUUUACUCCUCCACUGAAAUCCUCUAUCAGUGUUUUAUGCAGACAUCAGUGCCGCAUCAUGUACAUUAUGUUCUUUUAAAUUUGGUUCCGGUCUGGCCAUUCACUUGCUCCAGUGCUGGAGCACAAAUGCAAUUUCCUAUGAUUUUUAUCAUUAUCGUUAUUAUUCUUAAGGGUAGAACAAGCAAACAUAUUCCCUCUGGCUACCCAGAACAACUGUUUGCUCUGCAAAGAAGCUGCUGCUCUUGCAUUAUCUGUGGGCAGGAUUCAGCACUUCCACUAUAAAAUCCAACCUAGUGCUACCCUAACAUGAAAGGGGAGACACACAUGCUGCACCCCUUUUUUUUUUUGGUCUGGGAAGGCCCUCAAACAGGAAAGACAAAGCCAAAAGAGAAAGAACAGGUUCACAAUAGGAGAACAUUAAUAGAACUUGGAAAAGUUACUUUUUGGACUACAGUUUCUGGCCAUGGGAGUUGGAAUCCAAAGAAGUUCCUUUUUCGAGCUCUCUUUACGCUCAUCUUUCAUGAAUAGCCAUGUAUACUGUUGAAGGCUGCUACCUUCUCUCAUCACACCUCGCAAACAGCCUUCUAUGGAUUUGGCUGUGUUGAUCCUGUGGUGCCUUUUGCUGGUAUACGAAAUACCAUAGUAACAAUGCUUCCAAAAGGUGGGUUUUCGUGAACCAAAAUGAAUCUGAGCUUUCUUCUGCGAUUCCUGUAAUUUUGAUUUUACUGUUUUUUUAUGUUGUUCUUGUUUUCAGUGAGAGACUUGAAAAACAGUUCUCUUUUUAAUCUCUUGCAUGUCAUAAAUACGUAUUUGUGGGUUUCUCCCUCCUCCCUCCUUUUAGUAGUGUGUUUUUAAAGUCUGAUUUGUUUAUUUAUUUAUUUAUUUCAAUAGACUCUCCCCCCCCCCUCCUUUUGAAGAAUGAAAGAGAAUUCUUGAGUUGCUAAUUAAUGGCAUUUUAAAACAAACACAGAAAUAACCACCAAACUAACAUGUAAUGCUAUUAUCGCCUGGCUGCUUUGUAAGACAAAGGUUGCCCAUGAUUCUACGGUAUGAAGAAUAGCUACAGCAGCUCUUCAACUUUGCAUGGUGAACUGUCCUGUUUUUACUGCAAGGUCCCACCAUUAUUUGAUCAGCUGGGGAGGGGAAAAAUUUAUAUAUUUAAAAAAAAGGAAAGGAAAUACAAUCAGAGAACAGAUCCAGCAUGAAAUAAACUCAAUAGUUUCUCUUCUGAGGUGGACAUUUGAAGAUCGCCGUGUUGUGCGUUUUCUCUGAUGGUGAAGUGUGGAGCCUUGACUCCUCCCUGUGUCAUUGUUGCUGUGAAGCAUACCCGAAUUUCCAAAACAUGCUCUCCAGUAAAGGAUUGUUGAAAGCCUACACUUUCUGGUGCUGGCCUGCCCACUCUUACCUUUUAAAGGAAACUGUAACCGCUGCUUUCUCAAGAGACGUCAAAAAUGCUGCAAGGCUGCACUGAACCUCGGGAGGGGUGGGUGUUGUUUUUGUAGUUUGGGGGGAACAAGAGGACGCUCAAAUAGUUGG